AUGGCGGAUGAUGGAGGAGGAGCCGUGCAAGAAGAGAUUGGCAGAGAUAUGGUCGAAGGGCAACGAAAAAUGUCUGAACCAGCACAACCUGCAAACAAUCAUCAAACACAGAAAAGCGAAGCGUCAAAGAAAUCAUUGAAAAAGAAAGGUGGGUAGCUGAAAUCAGCCCAAGUGUUUUCUAUGAUAUUUUUGUGUGUUAAUGUAUAAUAUAAAAGAAACCUGUGAAGUUUUUCUUUGUUAUGUAGCUAUUGUUAGAGUUAGGGCCUACAUAUUAUGUUGGCUUCUUUGUUUUCUUAUACUGCGUGGCUGGUGAGUGUUUCGGGUUCUUACACUGAGUAUGAGCCUUUUAGAUAUGCAAUCUUAAAUGUCUCCAAUUUAAAAGACUACGCGGACGCGUUUUCUUUCGAUGAAAUUCACCGACCUGUAAGUGUAAUUCAAGUAUUAAUAUGUCCACAAUAUAACACGCCUUUUCUAUGUUUUAUACUCUGAUAAAACAUGGGUUUUUGACCAAUCAGAGCGCGUGCAGGGUCCUAUCUAUAAAGCUUAAUCAUACAUGUAAAUACAAUUCUCUCAAAUGUGAUUGGUGCAUAAACUGCUGCAUUGCAAAAUGCGGAGAGUCAAAGAAGUCAUUGCAAAAGAAAGGUGGGCAGCUGAAAUCAGCCAAGGUGUUUUUGCUAUGUGUGUAUAAAGUAAUCUUAAAAGUGUUUAAUUUCAAAGGUUUUGUCUGAUUUGUCCUGAAAUUGCACUGAUGUUUAAGUGCAAUUCAAGAAUUUUUAUGUUCACAAGUGUCCCUGUUGAUAAGUUAAUUUAAAGACAUUUGUGCCAAAAUUCCAAAAUUCAUGGCUACAAAAUGAAAAAAAAGCAAUGAAGAUUUCCAGUCAUGCAACUAUUAAGCUUGCUGGAUUAUAGGGACAAUGUGUACUAAAAGCAUCUGCGGUCAAGUGUUGAUUGAUACCCUUUAUCAACUGUCAAUCAACACUCAUUGGACAUCUUGAUCAACACUCAAUGGACAUCUUAAUAAACACUCAAUCAACAAACUUCUUGAUCGACACCUGAUAAGCACCCUGGUGGGGGUACCCCCUAUAAUGGCCUAUAUGGGAAGGCUCUGCCCGAAAGGGUACCUUUCUCAGGCCUCAGGUACAGUAUGUAAAAGGGUAGGGAUUUCACAAGUUGUGGUUUAUGAAAGGGUAGGGAAAUUGGUCAUUUACAUGUAGGUAUUUAAAAGGGCCUUCAAUUAUAAUAUUUCUAAUAGACUCCCCUUAUGGCUGUAUCAGUUUAAUUAUUAAGCACCACAUGAAAAUGAGAACAAGACUUCCUAAAAAAGGUACCAUAGAGUUCCGAUAGUAACGACCCCCCGAAAGUAGAAACCCCCCGAAAUUAACGUCAAUUUUUUGUGGCUGCUAGUAAAUCCCGAAAGUAGCGAUCCCCCGAAAGUAGCGAUCCCCCGAAAGUAGCGACCCCCCCGAAAGUAGCGACCCCUCCCGAAAGUAGUGAUCACCGCCAAUAGUAAACAAUGAGUUGACAGGCUUAACACGACUCCCGCUGUUUCGUGAGGUGACAAGUCUGUGACCUUUAGAGUUAAGCUCUAGCAAGGAUAUCUUUGAGAGAUUUACCUUUCCUGUAGGAGAUGAAAGGUGGUUCUCUGUAUAUUUCUCUCAGCAAAUUGAUUGAUUCUCUGUUGUUACAUUUGUAUAAAGUAACAGGCCAAACGUUGGCCUCUUAGUAAAUUGUGGCCUUCGAUCUGCUCAAAGGAGGAUUUUAUUUUCUCAGUGGAGCCUAUAGGUAGAAUCUUUAUGCCGUUGUGUUUGCUGGCUCUGUGGCAAUUUAAGUUAAGUUAACUGGCUCAUUUAUGUUGCAGCUAUUAAAUCGCUCGGAUCAGUAGCCUUCUCUAUUGUCGUGAUCUUUUGUUUAUUAGCCUGUGGUGACCUUAUGGCUAAUCUUUCAUGAUGUAUAUCACGAGCGUUUAUCACGGGCGGUUAUGCAAGUCUCAAAUCCGAAUUAUUUCAAGGCUAUUAUUGUAGUUUCUAAGAAGAGUGCACCUCCAUUAUUUUGUUGCAUUGCUCGCAUCCAACAGACGUUAGUUUUUUGUAACCGUCAGGUUACCGUGUUGGGAUUCAACUCGAGGAUGCUGUAAUGAUCUUGUUAGGCAAAUGUAUCAGGUUGUAUUCUCAAACAAGACUCGAGUUUCGGUUCUUCAGCGAACCUCAUCAGUUGUUUCUAUGUUAUGGGUCUCAGGAACGUUAGUCAGUGAAGACCGUUGACAUUCCGUGAAUAGUGAGCGUUUUGCUGUAUUUAUACCGGCGACAUGUAAGGAUCGAAAGUUCUGGUCUAUUAUUGGUUGUUUAUAUUAACCAAUAGGAAUGUAGGGAUUUCGAUCCUAAAGCAGUUGUGUUUCUUAUGAAGGUCGUUUAUCUGCACUAAGGAUGUAAAACUCUAUUUUCUCGUGUCGAGAAAAGGUAACGGAAUAGUGUUAAUAUAUCUGGAACUCUACGGUAGCGCUAUUUGUAAACGAUUUCUGUUCCCCGAAAGUAACGACCCCCUGAAAAUAACGACCCCCCUAAAGUUACGACCCCCAAAGGCUGCUAAUUCCGAAAGUAACGAGGGUCGCUACUAUCGGAACUCUACGGUAUGUGAAGGGGGUACCUUUUUUCAAUAAAAGGUACAUAAAAGGGGUACAUUUUCUGCCAAAAUGAUAUACAAAAGGGUAAGGGGUUGGACCUCGGGGCGGAGCCUCCCCCGUAUCAAACUUUGUUAAGUAUUCCCCUCCCCGGGAUUGGCACUGCACAGACAUUCACUCUAUAGUUGGCACAGUACUGACUGACUUAUAUGUAUCGACUGGUAAUCAAUGGUGUGUCUGAAAAUUAGUUGACUCUUGACCGAUUGUCGACCAACAUGGCAAGCAAGUAUCGAUCAAGUGUCAACGGAGAUGCCAAUCAAGUGUCAACUGAGAUGCCAAUCAAGUGUCAAUUGAGUGUUGAUUGAGGAUAUCAAUCGAUACUCAACUGCAGAUGCCAUAAUAUGGUUACAACUUAAAGUGCACCUAACCCCAAAAUAUUUUUUUCGCUCAAAUAAAUCAAUAAAUGCAAAUUAGUCUGUGACAUCAAACCAGGAAUAGACCCAUGCCCCUUACUAGACCUAGUUUAAAAAGGCGGAGUGCGUUUCAAACAGUUGCAAAGAUUUAUUUAAGCGAAAAAAAAUAUUUUGGGGUUCGGUGCACUUUAAAUCAUGUGGUUAUUCAUGUUGUUUUUGUUGUAGUGGAAGUGUUGCUUAAAGCCGCUGGAGAUGCCCCUAUUAUGGUGAAAAAGAAAUGGGUAGUGGAUGGAUCAAGUGUCAUAUAUUAUAGAAUUUAUUAG